AUGGACAAAUAACCAUUAUUACACAACUUUACAAUCACUCCUAAUGAUUUAUUCUAAAUCAUAAGUUCUUAAAACACCUCAUAUACAGCAACUUCUCUAUCGAAAAUGUUGGACACCGAUCUGCAGGUAUUGAAUGCAUUAUUCUUAUUUCAAGAUGGGACUCGACUCUUCAAAUCAUUUCGAUCUAAACAAACGAAAGAAGCAGUAAAGAUCUUGAAUUAUAAUAGGUUUGGCACACAUAAAAUACAUGAUUCACAAACUAUUAGAUAUCAAUUAGUCAUUCAAAUCAUCAAGAAUAAGUGGCAUCAAAUCUUCUUUGCUCUCACUCUAACUAAAUUAGCAUUAUCUAUGAUGUUUACUGCCUCUAAAAAUGAAAGAAUGGAAUCAUUAUUUAUUCUGGUAUUCUCCUUAUUGCAACUGCUAAUAAGAAUAUUUAAAACUGAUAAUCAGGAACUGCUCAAUAAUUUACGCCAAUUUCAAAACAGCAAAGUUAAAUUAAAGAGAAAAGAUAGACUCAUUAAUAUUUCAUCUGACUAAAUUGUAGUCGGAGACAUCCUCAUCUUUGGAGAAGAUCAGCUGAUUGAAGUAGAUGGCAUUCUUAUACCCAAUUAAUCGAACUAAACCUUGCUUUUUGAUACCAAUACUAACAAACUACCAUUUGUACGUUCAGGUUCUAAAGUCAUAUAAGGCAAUGGAUAAUUAUUAGUUUUGGCAGUGGGAGUCAAUACUUAUCAUAUGAAAAAAUGUGAUUUGAAUUUGUAACAUGAAUACACAACGCCUCUUUAAGAAAGAUUAAAUUAUUUACAAUAAUAAUUAAUUAAACUAUUCUUUGUGUUAGCAAUCAUUCCUUUGGUAAUUCAAUUUAUUAAUUAUUGUUAUCAUAUUUCGAUUUAUGAAUACUCUUUUGAUUUAGUGGAUUCCAUUCAUUCAAUUAUAAAGUAAAGUUAGAUUUCCAUCUUGCUAUUGUUAAUGGUGAUGAAUGACAAUCUAUAGAAAUUUGUAUCCACUUAUCUUCAGUAUAACUAAAAGAGAAUGAAAAGAGAUCGCAUCAAAUUUCAAAGACCGAGUUCCUGUGAAAUAUUGGGCAGAAUCAAUAAUAUUUGCACAAGUAAAAGUUAGAUAUUAACUAAUGGGAAUACAAGAUUGGUACAGAUAUUUGCUGAGGAAUAACUGUUAAUGAAAUUCGAUAUUAAAAAACUAAGAUAUUCAACCAUUCAAUUAAUCCAAGAGAAUAUUUGUUUGAAUUCAACAGCCAAUCCAAAAAUUAGCUAUAGAUCUAAUGAUAUUACUGUUUUUGAAAAAUUUGGAAAUGAAAUCGAUUGUGCUCUACUUGAAUAUUGUCAUGAAUUAGGAUAAGAUUAUACUACUAUAAGGAAAAGUUAUUAAAAUUAAAUUGUAUAAUAUUUUAAAUUUAAUUCUGAUAGAAAAAUGAUGAGUGUGCUAAUUUAAUUAUAAAAUAAAUAUAUAUUAUACACUAAGGGAGCUCCAGAUAUUAUUUUAGAAAAUUGCACAGACUUUAUAAACUGCAAGGGUGAAGUUCAAAAAUUAACUGAGUAAUACAGACAGUAAAUCUACAAUUAAAUCAAGAAAUUUGGUGAAGAAAGUUACAGACCCUUGUGUUUAGCCUAUAAAACCAUAGAGAACAAUCUAAAUCCUAAGUAACUGUCUGAAAAAUAGAUGGAGAAACAAUUGAUCUUCGUGGCAUUACUAGCUUUAGAGGAUGAAAUAAGAUAGGGAGUGUAAAGGUCAAUUUAAUAAUGCAAAGAAGCAGGAGUUAUAGUGAGAAUGAUAACGAAUGAGAGUCUAGAAUGUUCAAUAUCCUUAAGUAAGAAAUGUGGAAUAUUACCAAUGAACUAUUAGCAUCAGAAGGACUCCAAGAAGGUAAUGACUGGAAAGAUUUUAAAUGAUUUAGUAAAAGGAAUCACUUACAAAAAAUAAGAUGGUCAAAUUAUACCAAAAAUCGGUGAUAUGGAUGCCUUCGCUUAGGUUGCUGCUGAGUUGAGAGUUCUAGUUAGAGCAAGUCUAGAUGAGAAAUUGGCCAUCAUACAAGGAUUAAAGGAAUUGAAUUACGUUGUUGGAGUCUUCAGUCAUAGUGAUGAACCUGCAUUUUAUCGACUUGCUGAUGUUGGUUUCUGUCAGAACUCAAAAAUAAUUCAACAGUAUAAUUAUAUGGUUAGUGUCUCCAUUUUAGAUGAUAACUUUUCUUCUGUUAUUUAUUCAAUAGAUUGGGGAAGGAACAUUUUUGAUGCAGUUAGAAAAUUCAUUUAAUUUAAAAUAGCUCUUCUCUUAUCCUUAUCCAUCCUACAAACCUUUAGCAUCUUCCACUAUUUUAAUUAGACCUAAUUAUUAUGGAUCACAUUCAUUGUUGAUUUUACAGCUUUCUUCAUGUAUGCCACAGAAAUACCCAGUAGAAGAUUAUACGAAAGAUAAUAAAACGAGAGAUACCAUUUGAUUACAUCCAAUAUGUGGAGAAAUAUCAUUUCAUAAAUAAUCUAUCAAUUGCUGGUUUUGUUUAUGAUUUAACUCUCAACUUAAAAGUACAUUGCAAUGAAAAACGGCUUGAAUUGCUAUCACUUUGACUUGAAAUCACAUACCCUACUAUUUAAUACUUUUGUAUACCUUCAGAUCUUCAAUUUAUUGAUUUCUCAUAAAAUUCGCAAAACUGAUAUAUGCAUUUCAAAUAACAAAAGAGAAAGAACAAAGUUAAUCAUUUAGCUUGUGUUAAUAUUUGUGAUGCAAUAUCUUGUGGUGUAAGAAGAUAUUUAUUUUAUAUUUAGGGAACAUUGUAAUUUUAUUUUUAACUUAUCUAAACUUACUUUGAAAGAAUAUUUUGGGUCUCUUUUGUUAUCCUCUUUUGGUUGUGUUGUCACAUACUUAUUUAAAUUCAUUAACGAUAAAUAUUUUAAUUGGAUCACACUAUUUAGAAGUUAAGAUUAGCGAAAUCAUUAUUCAUCUUUUGACGAAUUCUUGUAAUUUAAAUCAAUUCUUCGUUAAAUUAGGAGUUAUCCAACUGAAAAAGAGGAGAAUAGUGAAAUUGAACUUACAGAAAAAUAAUGAUAAAAAUUUUUAUUAUCUACAUAAUUCACAAUUAAUUCAAUCUAUAUUUCA